CUCUGUUUUAAACAUUCCACAGCUUAUACCAUGAUAUGUUAAAAAAAAAACACCUUUGAGGUGGCUGACUUUGAAUGCGAAUAAUUAAGCCAAUGUCAAAAAAUUUGACAGUUUAAGGCACAAAGCCGAGGUGUUAUUAUCGCUCGCGGGAAUUUUUCAAAGUGACUUGAAUCGAAAUCGAAAUCGCAAUACAAAAUAUUUAUACAUUUCUAAAAUAUAAAUAUUUCUUAAAAUUGUACAACAAAAAAGGAGUAUGCUAGUGAAAUACGCAAAUUUUGGCCGUUUGUGUGCCGUUUUGCUGCUGCUGCAAACGUUUGUGCCACAAGCAGCAGACGCUAAGAAAUCACGAGGCAAGACAGCAUUUUUGGUCCCACCCCCACCUCCACCGCCGGCGCCACAAUUUAUUAACCAACCAUCUCUUCAACCUAUGCAAACGCAAUUCUCAUAUCCUGCCAUACAACAGCAAUCGCAACCGGCCAUACAACAACAAGCGCAAGCUUGGCAGCCUAGCUAUUCGUAUCCAGUCGAUCAAUCUUCUGUUCAACAUGGACAAUUCCCACUGCCUGCCGCACCGCAACUUCCAGCGCCCGUUCAACAACCAGCCGUAGAGCAACAUCCAUACGGUUGGGAUCCUAGCCUGACACAACCUUAUGUUCAGCCUGCACAAUCAGCCGGCCAGUAUUCUCCUCAUUUCCAACAGCCUGUCAUGCCACAUCUUCCCGCGCCUGCGCCUGUGCAACCAGCUACGUAUCCACCACUUCAACCUAACCAUUCUCAUGAUUCUCAUACUGCUCAACCCGGUCAAACUCAAUUCUUAUAUCCUCCGCUGGCACAUCUUCCUGAAUCCGCACAACCACAGCCUUCGCAAGCAGCCGCGCAAAAUCUACCUCAGCCUGAACAUUCUCAACCGGCACAUCCAGCCAUUGAAAAUGUUUCAGAGUCUGCGCACCCGCAAUCACAGCCCACACAACAACCAGCAGAUCGAUCACUAUUUCGCACGCUUAUUGAAAAGCUUGGCCCACAUAAUUCUAAUGAAGAACAGCAGCCACCGAAAGAUACCCAAAAUCCACAAUCGAGUGGUAUUCAAGAUUCUUUCUUAAAUAUUAAAACAUCUGUCGACCAACCGCAUGCACCAUCACAACAACAGUACCCACCACAACAGCCGACCCAAUAUUCUGCUGGUCAAACAGCGCCAGCUUCUGCGGCACAAGCUGAACUACCAGCUCCGAUAGUUUCACAGCAGCAACCGGUAGUAACAGACGUUUCAUCACAUGUGCAAGUGCCUGCUCAGCCAGGUGUAGCACCUGCGUGGCAUGCACCAGCUGCCCAACCUGCGGCGGCAAUUGGUGGCGCACCUAUUCAACCUGGUCAGCUCGCCUUUCCAACUCCAACUCCAACCAUGCCGCCUGCUCAGACCACGGAAGACUCAUCUUGGUUGUCCAAGAAAAAAGGUAUAUUUAGCAAGUCUUCUGCCGAUAAGACUAAGCAGACCAAUUUCGUGUUGGUGAUGUUGAUGUUCUUCCUACUGCUAUGGUUCCAAGAGUAGAAGCUUUGUGCUCGGAAGACAUUCUCAUUAAUUAGGUUUGAGAGUGAUGGGUACUAAUUCCUCAUCAAACUAUCUAUACUUACUAAGUAGAAAUUAAUAUUUAAAACCCGAAAUGUGUAUAUUUAUCACCUACACAGUUAUUAAAAUUUUCUAAGGUUACAGCUAAAUAAAUACAGACGUUAGUACAUACAAAUGUAUGUAUGUAUGCCAUGAGUAAAUAUAAAGCUAAAUAAAAUCAUUUUA